AUGGAGUGCUCCGAGAAGCAGUAUCAGCUGCUUCAAAAUUACAGUUUCAAUGAACCGACAACUUCUGUUCACAACAGUUAUGGAAGUGUUCCACCAGUUAGUGUAAAUCCAACAUUUCGAAUUGACCCACCCUGUCCAUCAACAGAUAUUGAUCAGUGUUCUAGUCAGGUUCUGACUUUUAAUGAUGCACCACUAACAGACUGUCAGGAGAGGCCUAUAGUGGUCACGGGAACCAAAGCCAAGAGGAACCUGGGUUAUUCAGUUUAUGCUGAAAACUUCAACAAGUUGUUACAACGAGGGUCAGGAACUAAUCGGCGAAAGCCAAAUAUGCGAGUGGUCGGAGAGGAAGAAGAAGUGGUAUAUUAUGGAACUGAGAGCAAUGAACAAUGUGGAAUUGCUUUUGAUGAGCGUGAUGAAAGAGAAAUAGUUAAAAGCUUGCCACCAGAACAGCUGGAGGAACCGACUGAACAACCCCAGGUGUCUAUCGAGUCUGCAACUGUUGAUUACUGCCCAGAUAACGAUUCUUCAUCCUCUAACCUUAGUAGUCUUCCUAGAAAUCCAGCUGACGGCGAAAAAAGAGAACAAGAUUUUUCUUCAGAUCGGUUUAAAACUAAACCGGCUAUAUCAUAUGCAACUUUGGUCGCUUUGGCUUUGAAAAAUAGUAAGAAUGGCUGCUUAACUGUGCAAGAAGUGUACGAUUUUGUUGACACUAACUUUCCUUUCUUCCGGACUGCCAACAGUGGCUGGAAAAACUCGGUGCGCCAUAACUUGUCAUUUAGCAAAUACUUUAUGAAAAUUGAAACUAGGAGAGGAGAAGGUGAUUCUCGUAGAUCGUAUAUAUGGACUGUAAACCCCGCUAGGAGUCAGGAAUUGGAACAGUCUUUGGCAAAAUUAAUGGAGAGAGACAAAGAGAACACGUUGAAAUGCCUUGCAAAUCCAGACGACUUCGAUGCAAUUCGGACAGGAACUCUUAAUUUUAAGUUUAAAAGACCAGGGCGAAGGAAACCUAUGGUGCAAAUUGGAAGCAAAGAUCCAGGUUUGUCACGUUCAUUUAGCGCAGGUACAAGCAGACAGGAUGGGAAACCCAAUCAUUCAACUAAUUUUGGGCCGUCUUCUCAGCUUGCUUACAGUAGUGGCGCUACGAAAGUUCAAACAUUCAGAGGCCCCCGACGUGUGUUGAGUUUUGGUGCGACACCUACGGGGGGUGUAUCCGAAUUAAUUGAGGAUGCCAGCAGAAAUUGCUCAGAUGAUAGUGCACAGUAUAAUACGUGCCCUUUACCAGAGUUAACGAAACUUCUUAAUGAAAACGACGAUGAUUUAUUAUUUUGCCAGUCACCUCAGGCUUCGUCUUCAGUCUUCGCAGUCACAAGAUAUCCGUCUUCACCAGAAGUCUCUAGUGAUGUUGAGGGUCUUACGAUGGAAUCUUCACAGCUACGAAGAAAUGAAGUGUCUGUGUGCAAUGAUCUUAACAAGGUGCAUUUGGUAGAUCCUGUUAGUACCAGUAGCGUAAGCGAAGACUCUCCAGAUGUUUUCCAUGGCAGCUCUCAACUUAGUUUGACUGAUCUGGAGUUGGAACGUCAGUUCCAGUUAACACCUCCAUGCAAAAUUGAUUCCACAAAUUGGGAUGAUAUUUCAAAUAUUGUUUCUCCAGGAAAUGAUGUUAUGCUCUCUGACGCCAUUGUAAAUAAAAGUCCAGAGCAGGACCUGAAAUCUCCAAGUUUUGACCAGUGGCAAUAUGAACCUGUGACUCCUAGUCGCUGGACUGAUUUUGGAGGGCCAUGCCGGACACCGCAGUAUAAAAUUGCUCGGAAUCAUCUUUUGUAA